UCUCCUGAUUAAAGUUGUGAAAGAAUCGCUUCCUUUGAUGGAGGUUCGGUUUUUCUAAGUAAGCAAAAGGCAGAGAGAGAGAGAGAGAGAGAGAGAGAGGGAGGAAAAACAAGACAAUUAAAAAGAUUGACAGGUAGGCUCCUCUGUCAGGGGUGACGCUUGUGGAGAGGGGAGGAGUAAAAAUGUAGCAGGAAAAGCCACUCGAUGCGUCUGUCUAUCAGUUGAGACUGUCUGAAACAGCUUCUGGAUCCAACGCCGUUUCCAUUUUUUCUUUUUUUCCGGAGACCUCGGAUCAGUCCCUGGAGUUUUUGCCCCCUGCUCUGCUUCUCCCUAAAAGAGACAAACAUUUUAAGUCCUUGUCGAUCUGAUUUUGUUGUUGGCGAAGCUUGGAUGCGCCUGCGUCUUGUUUGUUUCCCCCCUCUCUCUCAAGUGAUAUCCUCUCUCCACCGCAUCAACCAACCCCUCCAAAAAAAAACCACACUCUGUCCAAGAUGCGAUGAGAUGAGCGGCGGAAAUCGUUUCCACGAGCCCUUGAACGUAAGUUUCUGGCUAAAGAGGAAGAAACUCAAGGAUACCUUACUCAUCAAAGCUGUGCAGUGCGAUCACACUGGACUUAUUUGUUUGGUUUAUUUAUAUUCUAGUUUUGGUGUGCGUAAAAGACGCAGCAAACUAUCGCCCCCCCCUCCAAACAGCACUGGAAAUCAGGGCUUUUUUCUCCAGUGGGAUGAACUGAAAACUUUUAGGUGCUGCUUGUGCUUAUUUAUUUUUUAUUUCAUUUCCUAAAACAUUGCCUCCAGAGAGAUGAGGGAAGAUGAUCUUUGAUGGACACGGAGGUGUCAGGAGCUGGCCGAAAGCCUUCGUAAUUUCCGAGCUCACUCUCGCCAAAGCCGAUCCAGCUUUUCAGCCCCAAAACGAGCAGCCAGUUUGAAAAGAAGACUGACAUUUUCUCCUGCGAGACCCAGAGCUGCUGCCCACGAGACACGGGAUGAUUUUCCACAACUGAAGAGACUUGAUUUGUUUGUAAUUCCUGCAUGAGAAGCACCGUGGAACGUGACGGUCACUAUGCCGAGGAGAAAGCAGCAAGAGCCGCGGCGAUCAGCAGCAUACAUGCCCGAGGAUGAACUUAAGGCAGCCCCCCACGAUGAGGAAGAGCACCUGCAGGAUGACGGCCUCUCAUUAGAUGGCCAGGACAACGAGUUCCUGUGCAACGAGGAAGAGGAAGAUGUGGAUGGAGGCCAGCCACCUAGCUACAGAGACUCUCCACUCAGCAACGGUACCAACCCUGAUGCUGGAUAUGGAUCUCCACUCAGUGAUGCCAGCGACCGACUUACAGAUUUCAAAAGCACCUCUUCCACGGACGGUCAGGAGAGGGAAGGUACAGCUUUGCCCUUUGGACCCAACAACGGCCUCUCUUUCCAGGAUAGCCUGGCACAGAUGAAAGCCGUCUAUGCAAACCUAAUCUCAGAUGCCUCUUGGUCCAGCAUCACAAUGGACAUCAUGAAAUCUAAGCCAGCUGCAGCCGGCAGUGUCAACAGUGCCCUCACCUCUCCAGAGCCAGCCUCCACUGCCUCUGUCUCCACAACUACAACCAUUAACAAGAAUAGUGGAGUCAAUGUCGCUAGUAGUCACCACAAUGGCAGGAGUUCCACUACCUCUGUCAACCACAAAGGCAGUGCAGGUGGCAAUACUAAUGGCACAGCCGCUAGCUCUGCUGGCAACCACAGUGCAACAAGCAGCAGUGGAAGCAGCAGUGGUGUAGCUAGUAAUGGUAGUGGUGUAGCUUAUGAUUGGCACCAGGCAGCUCUUGCCAAAACUCUUCAGCAGACACCCUACCACCUUUUGCCAGAGCCCAGCCUCUUCAGCACAGUGCAGCUCUACCGGCAGAACAACAAGCUGUAUGGCUCUGUUUUUACUGGUGCAAGCAAGUUUCGCUGCAAAGACUGCAGUGCUGCCUAUGAUACACUGGUAGGGUUAACAGUCCACAUGAAUGAGACAGGCCAUUAUCGAGAUGACAACAAGGACAAUGAUGAGGAACAGGGAAAACGCUGGUCCAAACCACGCAAGCGCUCUCUGAUGGAGAUGGAGGGGAAAGAGGAUGCUCAGAAGGUGCUGAAGUGCAUGUACUGUGGUCAUUCAUUCGAGUCUCUGCAAGAUCUCAGCGUUCAUAUGAUCAAGACCAAGCAUUACCAGAAAGUGCCUCUCAAAGAACCAGUGCCAGCCUUGGCCACGAAACUGGUGUCCACUUCUGCUAAGAAACGAGCUCUCCAAGAUGUUAUAGUCUCCCCAUGCUCCCCAGACUCUGUCCAUGCUGGUAGUGGUGGUGGCAGCAUAUCCCUUGGAGACAUUGGCAAAGAUGCGAAAGCCGUAACAAACCCGUAUGUUACGCCAAACAACCGCUAUGGAUACCAGAAUGGUGCCAGCUACACAUGGCAGUUUGAAGCACGUAAAGCCCAGAUCCUCAAGUGCAUGGAGUGUGGGAGCUCUCAUGAUACAUUGCAACAGCUGACUGCCCACAUGAUGGUCACAGGUCACUUUUUGAAGGUCACAAAUUCUGCAUCGAAAAAGGGUAAACAGUUAGUCUUUGAUCCAGUGGUGGAAGAGAAGAUCCAGUCAAUCCCACUGCCACCGACCACCACCCGACUCCCUGUUCCCACUAGUGUUAAAUCCCAGCCUGUGUCCCCAGCUCUCUCUUCAGGCUCAGAGGAAAAGAGGGAAGUGAGUGAAGAUGAAAAGGUCGACGGUUGUGAGAGAGUAGAGAAAAAAAUUAAGGAGGAGAAAGAUGACUCAGGUGAAAAGUCUGAGACCAACACCACCUCAUAUAAAUAUUUGAGAGAAGAAGAUCUUGAGGACACACCCAAAGGGGGUUUAGAUAUUCUUAAAUCCCUUGAGAACACAGUAUCCAGUGCCAUUAGCAAGGCACAGACAGGAACACCCACAUGGGGUGGCUACCCUAGCAUUCAUGCAGCCUACCAGUUGCAGGGUGCAAUGAAAAGUUCCUCUACUAUUUUGCCUCCAACUGUCCAGAGUGUUCAGAUGCAGCCAAUGUUUAACAGUGGGCUACGUAGCCUGGUGAGUGACCCCAACUCAGUCAUCCACUCACCUCGCAGCCCUUCCUCCCCAACCCCCCUCAGGAGCAAUGUCACUGCCAUGGAGGAGCUUGUGGAGAAAGUGACAGGAAAAGCUGCCACUGUGAAGAAAGAAAAGGAGGAGAAGACGGUGAGCUUGGAACGAUGCCGGCCCCCAUCAUUAGUUAAAUCCCCCUCUCCCGCACUGAGAGAGCAAAGAGAGCAAUUAGUAUCUCCAAAUGACCUUUCUGGUUGUAAACCGUCUGGUAUGAGAAGUAGCAGCCCAGGCAGUGUAGAUUCAGAACUCAUCUGCAAAAAGGAGCCCAAAGAGAGCCUAGUAGAUGGCCACAACAACCAUUCAAAGAAUGGCUCUGAGACAUGUCAGUCCCCACUAACUAACGGCAACAGUCUCGGCAUUAUUACUGAUCACUCACCAGAAACUCCUUCCGUCAACCCUCUCAGUGCACUUCAGUCAAUCAUGAACACACACCUGGGUAAGGCCUCUAAAACAGUAAGCCCAUCUUCAGACCCGCUAUCUAUGCUUUACAAGUUCAGCAACAGCAUGAUGGAUAAGCCAGCUUUCAACCCCACUCCUCAGGGCAAGCCAGCUGAGCCCAUCAACCACUAUCAGUGGUAUGACAGCAGUGAUCAGCCCAUAGACCUGAGUAAAAGUAAAUCCUCCACAAACAGCAACAAUAACAAUAACAACUUGACCAACAAUAGUGUAAAUGGUAACAAACCCCUCAUUUCCUCCCUCCCUGACUCUGUCUCCUCGCCUCUCAGAGAGAAUGCUCUGAUGGACAUUUCUGAUAUGGUUAAGAACCUCACUGGCAGACUGACGCCGAAAUCCUCAACCCCCUCCUCCAUUUCAGAGAAGUCGGAUGCCGACGGCAGUGCAUUUGAGGAUGCACUUGAGGACCUCUCUCCAGUUCAGAAGAGGAAAGGGAGGCAAUCCAACUGGAAUCCCCAGCACCUUCUCAUCCUCCAGGCUCAGUUUGCCUCCAGCCUGAGGGAGACACCAGAAGGUCGCUAUGCCAUGACUGACCUCGGCCCUCAGGAAAGGGUCCACAUCUGUAAGUUCACAGGUCUUUCCAUGACCACCAUAUCCCACUGGCUGGCUAAUGUCAAGUACCAGCUGAGACGGACUGGGGGCACCAAGUUUCUCAAGAACAUGGACUCUUGCCAGCCUGUGUUCCUCUGUGGUGAUUGUGCCUCCCAAUUCAGGACUCCCUCCUCCUACAUCGGCCACCUGGAGUCUCACCUGGGCUUCAGCUUGAAGGACCUGUCCAAACUGUCAGCUGAGCACCUACGGGAGCAGCAGGCUGCCUCAAAGGUGAUCACAGACAAAAUGACAUUCAGCAACCCUCUGUCAGCCUUGACCACACCUGAGGAUGACACAGGCUCUGUGUACCAGUGCAGACUUUGCAAUCGGACAUUCGUCAGCAAACACGCAGUCAAACUGCACCUCAGCAAGACCCACGGCAAGUCUCCAGAGGACCACCUGGUGUUUGUCACUGCUUUGGAGAAGCUGGAUAAGAUGGACAAGAUAGAGAAAGUUUAAGCAGGGUCUCAUGCUGAUGGUUAAGACUGACAGCUGUGUUACUGACUAGAAUUUCAUUGCACUAAUAUGACAUUGUUCACAGUAACUGCACUGGGCCGAAAUGAGCCGCCAGAAAAAAAAAAAAAAAUCAGUCUUAUUGUUUUUCGUUGUGAUAACUGCCUGACUGGACCAUGUCUUUUCAUGUUGAUUUUUUUUUUUUUUGCCAAGCUUUUUUUUACACUUAUUUUGUAAUAUAUUUAUAUGCUAUUUGUCUGAUCUGUGCAUGUAUUUUAGUGAAUCAAGGUUAAAACGUGAGAUUUUAACCUUUUCAUGGCAAAAAUACAACUACUGCUUCAAAACGUAAACGUGGAGAGUGGAGAGAACUGUUGGAAGAGAAAACUGUAUAAUACUUGAUAUGAAGAAAUGAAAAUUAAAUGUAUACACCAAAAGAAUGAAAGAAUACCCUGAAAGACUGAAGUAGCACCUUAGACAGUUGAAUUUUGAAUUUGUAAAGAGAACAUGUUUGAAAUAUCUUGCAUUUUUCAAAAUCAGAUUGAUUUUAAAAGAUCACGGAUGAUCAUUUCCCCACUUUUGUUUCUGUUCCGUUUGGUUCCUGUCACUGCAGUGUUUUUGAUGACGAAUGGCCUGCUCAUAAAUCUGUCUGUGUAUUAGAAAAAAAAGAUCAUGUGAACAUUUGGAAAAAUUGAAAUGCUGCUUUUGGUUACGAGUCAAUCAGUGAAAAUGAAUGGCCGUCAGUAUGCAAGUUUGCUCAGAAAUCUUUUCCUUGUUGUGAAAUAUCACCUUAUAGCAAUUUUACAGUUGUAUGGUUUGUUACAACUUUCUCUUUCUAAAUUGUGUCGCUUUAUUCAACUGUAAAGAGAAAAGUCUGUUACAUGUAAAUGAUUAGCAGUGAAAUGUCAGUACUCCAUAAGACAUAUCUUACCAUUUGAAACAGCUCAACAUUCUUUGUAUCUUAAGGUGUGUGCAUUCUCUAACUUUUAUAUUGUCAAUUUAUAUACAAAAAUGAUAAAAAAUAAAAUAAAAACAGAUGGUGUACAUAGAUAUAUGCUGUAGAGCUACAAAUGUCCUUUUUUAAAGAAAAUACAAAUUUAGCUUCUUUGGCUUGGUUUACAGAAAUGAUUUUAAUUAUACUUGCAUCCAAUUUGAUGCAUGAAAUGGUGUGAAAAAUAAAUAAGCGAUGCACAAUGACUAUACAUUUCAAUGUUUUAUCGACAAUAUUGUAAAAAAAAACUUUUUAGCAUCAAUUAGUUUGUUUCAUUUCUUUCUCACUUGUAAAAUAAACCCCAAAGCAGUUGUUAACAGUCA